CGCGGGGCCGCUGCCGCCCGCCCGACGACCAGACGCGGUGUCGCUCUGCAUGCAUGCCGCCCGCCCUGGACCGCGCAGCUGCCGCCGCCGGCCGCGGGAGUGACCGAGCCCUGCCGCGACUUCUUUCCCAGGCCGCCGGAGCUGCCUGCCGCCCUGCCGGCUGGCUUUGCUGAUUGACCCCGCGGACUCGUGCGUCUCUGUGUCCACCGCGAACAUCAAUAUGUGUCAUGUCAUUGUCACCUGCCGCUCGAUGCUCUGGACCCUCCUGAGUAUCGUGGUGGCCUUUGCCGAGCUGAUCGCUUUCAUGAGCGCAGACUGGCUGAUCGGGAAAGCCAAGAGCCGCAGCGGCGUGGAGCCGGCCGGCGGAGGCCCGUCCGAGCCCUACCACCCCACCCUGGGCAUCUACGCGCGCUGCAUCCGCAACCCCGGCGUGCAGCACGUGCCGCGGGACACGCUGUGCGGGCCCUACGCCGAGAGCUUCGGCGAGAUCGCCAGCGGCUUCUGGCAGGCUACUGCCAUCUUCCUGGCGGUGGGCAUCUUCAUCCUUUGCAUGGUGGCCCUGGUGUCGGUCUUCACCAUGUGUGUGCAGAGCAUCAUGAAGAAAAGCAUUUUCAACGUCUGCGGGCUCUUGCAAGGAAUCGCAGGCCUGUUCCUUAUCCUUGGUUUGAUACUCUAUCCUGCUGGCUGGGGCUGCCAGAAAGCCAUAGACUACUGUGGACAUUAUGCAUCUGCCUACAAACCCGGAGACUGCUCCCUGGGCUGGGCCUUUUACACAGCCAUCGGUGGCACAGUCCUCACCUUCAUCUGUGCCGUCUUCUCUGCACAAGCGGAAAUCGCAACCUCCAGUGACAAAGUACAGGAAGAAAUCGAAGAGGGGAAAAACCUUAUCUGCCUUCUUUAGUUUGGAAGAGGCACUGAUGUCAUCUUCUUCCUUGUGUAAUCAUGUGAAACAGUCCUGAUCAUUUGAAGCAAGUGGAGAACUAGCCUUUACCUACCAAAGCCACACUCCACGGCCCAGGCCUCGGUAGGACCCAUGACGGACACCAUCCGGCUAGGCACAGUUACUGGACGUGAGGGGCGCGGUGAGCACAAGCAGAGGACGUAACCCUGACUGCCGUGUGGUUCCCGCCAGACUCCAUCUCCCCCGGGGCCUAGUGACGGGUGGCAUGUGACCUGUGAAGGCAGCCCUUCCUUCCUCUGCCACAGAGGAGGCGUUAGCCAGUGUCGCGGGCUGUGUGCGAUGCGUUUCUGCCCCAAAGCUGCAUACCUGUGGGCAGCUGUGUCUCACCGUGAGGUCUGGGGUUGUGUUUUGGCUUUUUUAAUAGUUCUUUCAAGUUGUCUCCAUUAAAUACUAAAAGGAAGACUACACACAGACUUACUGGGGACAGGUUGUGUGCUAAAGGACACAGCAAGACACCAUCUGUUGCUUGGCUUACUGAAGCGGUCAGCAGGGACUGUUAGGAUCCUGCUGUGGAACUUGUUCUAGGUUGAAUUCCGGGGCAAGACGGAUCAACAACUACCACUCCAAGAUUCUAGAAAUGUUUAAGAAAGAUGAAGGACCUGCGUAAUCAUGAGAAAAAAAGUACAAAACUUUGCCAGUGUAGACAGCCUUUCCUCCUCCCAGAAGCCAGGCUGCUGUCCAAACGGCCAGGUCUCUUCCUCGGUGAUCACAGUUUUCUCCUAAGGUUAGGAUUGUGCUUUGAGUGCCAAAGGAAACCUUACCAUUUCCUCCAUUCAGGGACAGCUGUCUCCAAACCAGCUGUGACUCCUGCAGAUGUUCACUGGGGGGAACUGCCAGAACCUCGCUGGCAUUUGGGGGAGAACUUUUCGGUCAGCCGGUUUCCAACGCCAUCGGCAGCAGAAUGGUGCUUUUUACAGAAAAAAACCCGAGCUAAUCAUGGAAGCUUGAGUUACUGGUGUUGAUCCUGAAAUAACAUUAAAUUGCUGAAACGUUGCAUCAACGUCUUAUCUCCAAGACGGCACAGAGUAGAAAGUUAAUGAGAAAAACCCGGGAGCUAGAUCGGGCUCACCACCUGCCCACACAAACAGUCAGGUGCCACUGCUAGAAAGGAUUCAGGGCUUUUAAGCAGCCAUAAAUUACCAAUAUAAUCGAUUCAGAAAGAUGGCAAUCAGAAUGACCAAAGCAGCCAGAAACAACUUAGUCUGGCAUAUGUAAACUUCAAGAAUUGUAGAAUGGUACAGA